UAAGCUUCCUACGUUAUCUGUAUGAUUGUACCGUGUUUGCGGUAAAAAAUUACUCGUAACUUUAUAAUAAUGUUCACAAUGGAUUAUAAAAAAUUUAUUAUAUUGUUGGGAAUAAUUUUAAGUUUAAGUUAUGUCUGUUGCCAAUAUAGGAUGAAAAAUACUCAAGGAUCAUCGUUAUCGGAUAGGGUACAGCAAUUAACAGAAUUGUCUCUUACAAGACCUGUAAUUAAAUUUAAUGGUGCAAAAUUUAAGGAAUAUAUCAAAACUACUCCAAGAAAUUAUUCCGUUAUUGUAAUGUUUACUGCUAUGGCACCUCAAAGACAAUGUCACAUAUGCAGACAUGCAAAUGAUGAAUUUGUAAUAGUAGCAAAUUCAUUCAGAUACUUACAAUCUCAUUCAAAAAAAUUAUUCUUUGCAUCUGUAGAUUUUGAUGAAGGAUCAGAUGUAUUUCAAAUGAUGAGAUUAAAUGCUGCACCAGUAUAUAUGCAUUUUCCACCAAAAGGUAAACCAAAACCUGCAGAUACUAUGGACAUUCAAAGAGUAGGAUUUGGAGCAGAAGCUAUUGCAAAAUGGAUAUCUGAACGUACUGAUAUUCAGAUCAGAGUAUUUAGACCACCAAAUUAUUCUGGAACAGUAGCAAUAGUAAUGUUACUAAUUCUUAUUGGUGGAUUUUUAUAUCUAAGGCGCAAUAAUUUGGAUUUCAUUUAUAAUAAAACAAUUUGGGGACUUAGUGCAUUGUUCUUUACACUUACAAUGAUAUCUGGACAAAUGUGGAAUCAUAUUAGAGGUCCACCAUUCAUACAUAGAUCAUCCAGUGGAAAUGUAGCUUAUAUACAUGCUUCUUCUCAAGGACAAUUUAUUUUAGAAACAUACAUCGUUAUGGUUUUGAAUGGAGCAGUAGUGUUAGGUAUGAUUUUAAUGAUCGAAGCUGCUUCACGUAAAGGUGAUGUAAAAAAGCGACGAAUAUUUGCAACGAUAGGUGCUGGAUUGGUCGCUAUCUUUUUUAGUCUAUUAUUAUCGAUAUUUAGGAAUAAAGCACAAGGCUAUCCUUAUAGCUUAUUGUUCAAGUAAAAGGAUAAGUAUAAGAAGUUAUUAUUUGUAUAUAUUGAAAGGAAAUCUUUCAACUUGCCUGGCAAGAUUAAAAAUUAAACUACAUAUAAUAAAAAAAAUACUUUACAUUUAAUUAUUGUUAAAGUGUUGUAUUAUAAUCAAUUUACAUUUGUUUAUAUGUAAUGUAAAAUAAAUUAAUAUUUAAAGUCACAUAUUCUUU